CCAGGAUUUUGAAAGUGGCUUACCUGGGCGGUGCUGGCUCAGGAUUUCUCAAGCUUGCAAAAGCUUCCAGAAGAGCUACAAUCAAUCAGGGGUCAACUGAGACUGGAGAAGACAUCCACAUUCCUUCCCAUGGUUGUUGGCAACCCUUGGUUCUUACUGGCUAUUGUUCAGAGGCUUUAGUUCUCACCAUCACAUGAAGACAUAACCAGGAAGAGGGUCCUUACCAGGAACUGAAUUGACUGACCUUAAUCUUAGGACUUCCCAGUCUUCAUAACUGUGGUGGAGAAGAAUGCAGAUCCAGAAACAACCCUUUUGGCCUACCUGAGAAGAAAAUUGGGGCUGAGCGGGACCAAGCUGGGCUGUGGAGAAGGGGGCUGCGGGGCUUGCACGGUGAUGCUUUCCAAGUAUGAUCGUUUCCAGAACAAGAUCAUCCACUUUUCUGCCAAUGCCUGCCUUGCCCCCAUCUGCUCUUUGCAUCAUGUUGCCGUGACGACUGUGGAAGGAAUAGGAAGCACCAAGUCGAGGCUGCAUCCUGUGCAGGAGAGAAUUGCCAAAAGCCAUGGCUCCCAGUGUGGGUUCUGCACCCCUGGCAUCGUCAUGAGCAUGUACACACUGCUCCGGAACCAGCCUGAGCCCACCAUUGAGGAGAUCGAGGAUGCCUUCCAAGGAAACCUGUGUCGCUGCACAGGCUACAGGCCCAUCCUCCAGGGCUUCCGGACCUUUGCCAGGGUAAGUGGGGGCUCCGGGACAGCUCCUAAAGCCGCAACACUCAACAAUCACAGUUGGGAGGGAUCCAAGGGCCCCUGGAAGGAAGAGGAGACAGGUAGGAGGGCCAGCUGGCCGAUCGUCCUGCUGUGGAUCCCUGGCAUGGGCGUUGGACUCUGCCAUCCCUAUUCAGUGCUCAUCAAUAGCAUGAGGACUUUCCUCCAGGGAAGGUCGGUUCCUGGAAAAGGCACGCAGCCCAAGCCCUACCUUCCUCCAGGGCAUUCGGGUCUGUCUGUGCUCCUGUGGCAACCCAGCCCAGCCUGGCAGCUGUGUGUCUCCUCCUUUCCUCUCUGAGCUGCUUGUUGGCUCUCUGUGGGGCUUAUAAAACUGCUAAUGAGACCUCCAGACAGUUUGUGAAUCCCCGCAGUAUUUGUAUACCUCGGAGGAGAAGCGGAGGGCUGGAUGUGCAAGCACGGAUUGCAUAAACGGGACACACACCUGACAACUGCCAGGUGGGCGACAGAGGGCUGGCCCCUUCCUUCUUGGGGUCUCUCCCCUGCUUCUACCUGAUUCCCCACCUGGGUCAAGUUGACCCUGACACCAAUCAAAAGUUCUCAUCUGAAUUUGAUUCUGGGGUGAGGGCGGAGUCAGAUGCCUUUCACUGACCUUUGAGGUUGUUAUAUUAGGAAAAGGAGUAUUGUUUCCAGAGAGCACAAAGGGUGGAGACACAGACAGAGCCUAUAGGGAGGGAAAGCAGCACACUCAGCUAAAUGCAUUUGAGGACAAAGAACGAGGAGGUGCAGAUUUAAAUGAAAAUGAUCUAAAGCACAGACUUGGAGCCAGUA